GCUCACAAACACAUCACACCAAGAUUCUUGGAGAUAUAUCUUUCUUUUUACAGUCACUCUUGUAAAUGGGAGCCAUGGUGGAUGCCAAGAAGGCGUUAGCGAUUGUACUGAUCAGCGUCGUCGUAUCACUCCUCGCCGGUGCCCCCACGGUGGUCCAAGCCUGUCUACCCUCCGAUCGCGCCGCCCUUCUCGAGUUCCGAUCAAAGCUCAACGAGCCAUACAUUGGCGUGUUCAAGACGUGGAAAGGCCAAGACUGCUGCAAAGGCUGGUACGGCGUGAGCUGCGACCCCAAAAGCCGCCGAGUCUCCGGCAUCACCCUCCGCGGAGUCUCGGAGGAGCCGAUUUUCCAGCGGGCGAAACGGAAGGGAUUCAUGACCGGCACCAUCUCGCCGGCGUUGUGUAAACUCACUCACCUCUCCGGCAUUACAAUCACCGACUGGGAAGGAAUCUCCGGCGUGAUUCCGAGCUGCAUCACGAAUAUUCUUGCCAUGAGACAUUUAGAUCUCGUCGGGAAUAAAAUCUCCGGCGUGAUUCCGGCGAAUAUCGGGAAGCUGGUGAACCUAAGGGUGUUGAAUCUCGCCGAUAAUAAAAUAUCCGGUGGGAUUCCUCCGUCGAUUACGAGGUUAACGAUGUUAUCGCAUUUGGAUCUCGUGAACAACAAUCUCUCCGGAGUUAUACCGGGAGAUAUCGGCCGGUUAAAGAUGCUGAGUCGCGUUCUCUUAACCGGUAACAAACUCUCGGGUCAAAUACCCGAAUCUUUAACCCGAAUCUACCGUCUCGCGGAUCUUGAGCUCUCCAUGAACCGAAUCACCGGCUCGAUAUCGACUUCUAUGGGGAAAAUGUCGGUGCUCGCGACGCUUAAUCUCGACGGGAAUUUAAUCUCCGGCGCCAUGCCGGGGACUCUGAUGAACUCGUCGAUCUCGAUUUUGAAUUUGAGCGGGAACCUUCUCGCGGGAAGGAUACCGAACACGUUCGGACCGAGGUCGUACUUCACGGUGCUGGAUCUUUCGAACAACCGUCUAAAGGGAGCGAUUCCGGGGAGUAUUACGACGGCGUCGUUUAUAGGCCACCUCGACGUGAGCCAUAACCAUCUUUGUGGGAAGAUUCCGACAUGAUCUCCUUUCGAUCAUCUUGAAGCGACGUCGUUUGCUUACAAUAGCUGUCUCUGUGGAAAGCCUCUCGGGAAGUGUCGGAAAUAAUUUAAUCAAAUCAUUAAGAAGUGAUUUGGGGGUAAUCAAAAGCUUGAUUUGGGAUAUGUUUAUUACACACUGUUACGUUAGUACAUUAUGUUCAUGUUGUAACUAGCCUUUUGAAAGAGGCAAAGCUAAAUAUAUAUAUAUAUAUAUAUAUAUAGCCCAUGUGU